AUGACAUUCUCGAUAAAAAACGUAGCCACCAAUGAAGCUGAAGCAUCUGGAAUGGCCAUGGCAACAACAAUGAAUCGAUUUUCAGAUUCGGUAGGGAUAAGAGGACCAACGAUGUCAAUACUGACCCUGUCAAAUAAAGUCUUGGAUGAAUCAAUAGUAGUAGAAAGCCAAGCUGAUGAAUCUGCGGAGCUAACAGAGAUUAGUUGGGAUG